AGAUUUGUUCCUGACCUUCCACAAAAAUGUCUAAGCAACAGCCUGCUCAGUUUACCAAUCCAGAAACCCCUGGCUAUGUUGGAUUUGCAAACCUUCCCAACCAGGUUCACCGCAAGUCUGUGAAAAAGGGGUUUGAAUUUACUCUUAUGGUGGUUGGUGAAUCUGGAUUGGGAAAAUCUACUUUAAUAAACAGCCUCUUCUUGACAGAUCUCUACCCAGAAAGGAUAAUCCCAGGAGCUGCUGAGAAGAUUGAACGCACUGUGCAGAUUGAAGCCUCAACAGUUGAAAUUGAAGAGAGGGGUGUGAAACUACGCCUGACGGUUGUAGAUACACCAGGAUAUGGGGAUGCUAUCAAUUGUCGAGACUGUUUUAAGACCAUAAUCUCUUACAUUGAUGAGCAGUUUGAGCGAUAUCUGCAUGAUGAGAGUGGUUUGAACAGAAGGCAUAUCAUAGAUAACCGGGUUCAUUGCUGCUUCUAUUUCAUUUCACCAUUUGGUCAUGGCCUUAAGCCUCUGGAUGUUGAGUUUAUGAAGGCCAUACACAACAAAGUAAAUAUUGUACCAGUGAUUGCAAAAGCUGAUACGCUUUCUCUGAAAGAGCGAGAAAGACUAAAGAAAAGGAUUCUGGAUGAAAUAGAAGAGCAUGGCAUCAAGAUUUAUCACCUGCCUGAUGCUGAAUCAGAUGAGGAUGAAGAUUUUAAAGAGCAGACCAGACUCCUGAAGGCCAGCAUCCCAUUUUGUGUAGUGGGAUCCAAUCAACUCAUUGAAGCCAAAGGUAAAAAAGUUAGAGGUCGACUCUACCCAUGGGGUGUAGUUGAAGUGGAGAAUCCGGAACAUAAUGACUUCCUGAAGCUGAGGACCAUGUUAAUCACCCAUAUGCAAGAUCUUCAGGAGGUGACCCAGGAUCUUCACUAUGAGAACUUCCGCUCUGAGAGGCUAAAACGAGGCGGCAGGAAAAUAGAAGACGAAGAAGUAAAUAAAGACCAGAUUCUGCUUGAAAAAGAAGCUGAACUUCGUCGCAUGCAGGAGAUGAUUGCGAGAAUGCAGGCACAGAUGCAGAUGCAGAUGCAAAGUGGAGAAGGAGAUAGUGCAGUUCAUGGACACCAUGUGUAAAUAAAGUCUUUGAUUACUUUAUACCCUGACUUAAAGGAGACAUUCUGGAGUUGAAUUACGGUGGUGUUACACCAGAAAGGAUGCCUUUUGCUCAACAUGUGACUUGGGAGUUUGCUUUAGAGUUUAACAUGGAAAUGUAUUGUGGCAACUCGUGAUACGUGUUUCAUAACAUGUAGUCAGUUGGUAUUUUAUAUAUUAUACACAUCUGACUUUUUGUUUAGUAAUUCUUAUAUUGAGCUUAUUUUCAAUUUCCCAUUGUAUUAGGGAUACAAAAUAGACAUUGAAACUUUUCUAGCCUGAUAGGGUGUUAGAUAAUAAUUAUUAUUUUUUUUAAUAUGGCUUAUUAGCUCCCUGCUUUUAACUUCGUAUUACCUUUAGAAAUAAACAGCUGUCAGUGAUAUCUUGUUCAGUGGCAUGUAACAGUCACCUCACUAGGGAUCCCUGCAAGGUUAAUUUUAUAUUUUUUGCAGUGUUUACAGGUGCGUGUCUGUGAGACCAUCGGCCCUUUUUCUGUGUCUGCUCAGUGCAGAUGAUUUCCUUGGCCUCUGCAAGUACCAAUUUAAAAUUCAAGCAUGCCUUGUGUCUUAACAAAAGAAAUAAGAGGAAAUGCCUCUUUAAGAGGCACACUGUAUUUUAUAUGACAGGCAUUAUUUCCUUCAGAUUUAACCUUGAGGGACAUAUAUUCUUUAUUGUUUGCCUAAAAUCUCUUACUCUCUUGCAGAUAAUUUUUUAAGAGUUUCUUAUAGGUUAGCACAAAUCAGUCCUGCUAUUUUCUGGCAUUACUGUAGCCAAAUAAACUUGAAUAAUGCUGGUACUGUUAAAUGCGAUAAACCCCAAAGAGUAGUUUUCUAUGCAUGGGUGUUUCCUAUAUCCAAAUGCAUAAGAAAUUCUAUAAUUCCUAAUGAGUAUUUUCAUAAGAUUUUUAGGGCAUUGCAUACUGUUAAUUGUAGUAUAAAAUAUAUACUAGCACACUUUUUUUUUUUUUUUUAGUGAUCUGUGCCUGACAGGAUCAAUGCAAUCUGCAUUUUAAGGUCUUGCUCCAAGAUGGAGUUAGCAGUAUUACUUUUGAAGUGACUCUGAUAAGUUACCCUUUUUUUUUUUCUUUUUUAGUUCAAGGUCUUAUUACUAAUUAUUACAUAAUAACAGCUAUAGUAUACAGCUACAUAGGUGGUAGCUGAUAGGGUAAGCAGGAAUAUACCGUGGUUGGUUUUUCUACUACUUCUGAUAAAGCCAGCAAUCAGAAUUCCUAAUCUGAUCUGUUACAAAACAUUGUUACCUGAACAGCCAAUAAAAUAGGUAGAAUUGCAACUUUUUUUCUCUUCUUUGAGCUCAGGUGCAGCUGUGACUUUUAUAAUUUUUUUUUAAUGUUUCUCUGAAAAAAUUAAUAGGAUUUCUACAGCUAAUGUAUAAUUCCAGUGGUACUUUAGUGGCUAGAUUAAAUAUAAACCUGCUAAGCAACUGAAAUUUUUACCUGCCUGAAACUACUGUUGAUGAAUUGUUUUAUAUUUGAAUCUUUCUAAAAAUGUGAAAUCCUGCAUCAUAGCCUUUGCUAGGGAGCUCCAGUUUUCUUCUCAAAAGCAACUACUGUCAAAGUUUUGCACAACUAAUUUGACCUUCCCUAACCUUGACAAAAGUGAAAAUGAGAACCUUUUUGUAUGUUGAGAUGCACAGAAGUGUGAAGUCCCAUUUUGUCAAAUAUUUACGUAUAAAACUUAGAUGGAGAAACAUGCACUUCUAAGUUUUUGUCUUGCUUUUUUGAAAGAACGUGUGGAAACAAAGUAAUGUGGCAGUAUUGUCAGAAAACACUCCACAACACCUUAUUUAUUUCUAAAUCUUUUCAUAUAUUUUUGUGAAUCAGUUGUCAUAAAUUUACCAGAAGAACUUACUAUAAACUUAAGUCACUGAAUACUUUGUGAAGUCCCAUGCUGUGCUUUAGUUGCCACAAAUCUGGUGGGGUUUUUUUUUCUGAUAAUGCAGCAUUUGUCCACUUUUAAGCUAUUUGUCUGGUACGUCUCUGUUAAAUGUUUUGAACACAGCAUGCUUCAGACACUCUCUGCUUUGCCAAGGAGAGCAAUUCUGGGACAUUAGUGUUUCCACCUAUAAGCUUGGUAGGGUAUGGUAAGCUGCAAUAGUACUAUGAACCCGUACUUGAAGAAAAACUGUGAAAUCUAAAAUGUAUGCAAAGGGGGACUGGUUGUACAUGUAACUCUCUCUGUGUAUGUUGGUUUGAUAGUUUUUUCCUGUAUUUUCUAGCAUGGGAACAAAAGCAGAUUGUCCAUGCAUUUAGUGCUGUUUGGUCACUACCUGUGGAAUUAUUUUAGGCAAUGUCUUAUUCUUUGAAAUAUCAUGUAUCUAUUAAAAUAUUUGAUCAGGAUAAAGUAUUCUGUUUGAUUCUUAGGCAAAUAAUUUUUGAUCUACAGAUUCUAGCAGGAGAAAUAUUUUCAUACGUGGUUUGUUUUGUUUGGGGUUUUUUUUAAUAGGAAAAAGCAAGUUUAUGGCACUUGCCAUUUCAACUGAAAUACUUAAGACAGCUAAUUGCUGCUUCUUCCCAAGUCUUUUCCCCUUCACUUUUCUUGUGAUGGCCUUGCAAUUAGUGGUUUCAUGGUAAGACAUGAAAAGUGAGACUACCUUUCUCAGAUUCUGUUUCAGACAAACUCAACUACUGGUAGAAGAAAGACUUGGAGACAAAAGGUAGAUGUUGUUUGGUGGCUUGCUGAACUGGCCACAAUUCUUUUUCUGUUACAGCACGGUUUCUAUUUUAGGAGUCAAAAUACUUUUGAAUUUGCAGAGCUUUAUAGUUAGUAGCAAAAAUGACUUGCUCUUGGUACAAAAAUCUGUUAUAUUCUGUUUUAUGUACUGUCAUUAGCCAAGGCUAUAAUAAAAAAUGCUAAAAUAC